GGGAUUAUUUCUCAUGCAUACGCAAUUAUUUCUCUACGUUAACGUUGCUUUUAUACAUAUAUAGUAACAGCAGAAUAUAAAAAAAAGAAACAACAAAUUAUAGAAAAUUUCAAAAUCAGCUGUCUCCGUACAGCCUCCUCUCAUUUCCAGGAUUUUUUAAUUAGUUUUUAUUAGAACGGGAAAAUUAUGUAUAAAAAUAUUGUAAUUAGUUUGUUUUUCGCUUUCGUAUUGUGGAUGCCGACAGCCGGUAAUAAAUUACAUAUCAAAACAAAUGCGAUUGAAGACAUUAUUGAACUCAAAGAUUUUAAGAAGUUACUGCGCACCAAAACCAACGUUUUAGUUUUAUUUACAGUCAGCCUCAAACAGACUGCCGAACAUAUAAAAAUAUUUAAAGAGGUAUCAGCCGAAGUUCGUGGAACAGGCAGCAUGGUUAUAAUCGAUUGCGCCGAAAAGAAAAAGCUUUGCAAAAAAUUAAAAGUUGCCCCCGAUCCUUUAGUUUUGAAACACUUUAAAGAUGGAGAAUAUCACAAAGACUACGAUCGGCAAAUAUCGUUGAAUUCAAUGGUGAAUUUCAUGCGAGAUCCUACCGGGGAUUUGCCAUGGGAAGAGGACCCUCUGGGCAAAGAUGUUCUACACUUUCCAGAUUAUCUUGCAUUUAUGAAGCAUUUGAAAAGAAAUUUAAAACCUUUACUUAUAAUGCUUUAUGUGCCAUGGUGCGGUUUUUGUAAACGUUUGCGACCGGAAUUCUCCAAAGCAGCAACAGAAUUAAAAUCCGAGGGUUAUGUUCUAGGAGCUAUGGAUGUGGAGAGGAAAGAAAAUACUUUAGCCAGAAAAGUAUUUAAUUUAACCGGUUUUCCCACGCUUAUCUACUUUGAAAACGGCCAAUUGAAACAACACUACGAAGGCGAGAAUAACAAAGAAGCAAUCGUAGCUUUUAUGCACGAUCCAGCUUCAGUACCUCUAAAGCAGAAUAAAGAAUUUGAUUGGUCGUCCGAUACUAACUCGGAAAUUGUCCAUUUAACUAGACAGGGCUUUGAACCGGCCCUUAAAGAUGAAAAGUCCGUUUUAGUCAUGUUCUAUGCUCCAUGGUGUGGCCAUUGUAAGCGUUUAAAACCCGAAUAUGAGAAGGCGGCUAUAGAAAUGAAAAACAAAAAGAUUCCCGGUAUUUUAGCUGCACUGGAUGUCACAAGAGAAACUUCUAUUGCCGAACAAUUUAAAGUAAAAGGUUAUCCCACUUUAAAGUACUUUGUUAAUGCUCAAUACAAAUAUGAUGUGCAUAUGAGAGAAGCCGAAAAACUUGUAGAAUUCAUGAAAGACCCUAAAGAGCCACCACCUCCUCCGCCGCCUGAAACGCCAUGGCAAGAAGAAGAUACAAACGUAAUUUUUCUAAGUGAUCAAACUUUCAAUUCUACUUUAAAACGCAAAAAACAUGCCCUUGUCAUGUUUUAUGCCCCUUGGUGUGGCCACUGUAAAAAUACCAGGCCUGAAUUUAAUGCCGCCGCCAAUGUCAUGAGAGAAGAGUCGCGCAUAGUAUUCGCUGCAGUUGACUGCACACGUGAUACUAAUGUUUGUUCCAGUCAAGGGGUUCGCGGCUAUCCUACGUUAAAAUAUUUUUCAUAUCUCAAAGUGAAAGUUGAUUAUCAUGGCGGACGUAAACGUGAAGAUUUUAUAGCUUUUUUAAAAAAUGCUAGCGAAUCUUCAAAAUCGAACCAAAAGCAAAUUCACGAAGAAUUGUGAUAUGAGUAAUAUAUACAUAUGUUGUUUUAUUUUUACCCGCGUAGUAUUUCUGCGCUAUCUAUACGAUGCUCGUGAGUAUUGGGCAAAGUAUGUCGUCAUAAAGUAUUAAAUAUUCACAAAUUGCGUAGUCCUUUACUUAUAUUUUACUAAAAUAGUGAGCAAAUAUAUAGACGCUUGGUGUGCAAAAGGGGCGAACCCUCAAGAUGAAAACUGAUAAGCUAUGAGGAUUGCUGGUAUUGAGAGUUACUACGCUAAAAAAAAAAUGUAGAGUUUAAAAAACAUCGAAGAACUGCAAGUUUGGUUAACUCAGAAAGCACGGAUUCGAAGUUUAGAUAUUUUUCGGGCACUGCGUCACCUAAAGCACAACUCUCAAAAAUAUUAUAAAUUAAUUUAAGAACUUCCUACC